AUAAAAUAAAUUCAGGGUGAAACGACGUCGGCUUCAUCAUCCCGAGGAAAAAGGAGGGGAUAAGGGGGUAAAUCCAAAUCUCCAACUUCAAUAGUUCAAAAUUCCAACAGAGUACCAAACCGGAGAGGGCGACAGGAGCCAUCGCAAGCCAAUGCCAAGUCGACUCGUUCUUCUUCUCUUUAUUUUUCUCUUAGCAGCAGCUAACGGCAAACCAACGCCUGGGUUUCUCUAUUCAAGAUCCAGAGGAAGAUGCACUCCCCAGUACUGGAGCGGAAGGAGGGAAGCGUGGCCGAGGAUGGUGCCGGCAGCGUCGGCGGUGUCGAAGGUGUUCGGGUCGAGGGCGUUCGAGCGGUACAGGUGGGAUCUGACGCUGAUGGAGGCGGCCACUCGAAACGACGACGUGGAGAACGCUUUCGCCAGGCUGCUGAAGCAGGCCACGGCGGCGCUGCUCAACUCCUACGCCAGAAAGGGUUUCCCGUACACCGCCUGGGAGGUGAAGACGCUGGUAAUGCAGGCUCUGGUCUCGGAAGGGGCGGCGGCUUCGCAGGCGAAACGUUUCUCGCUGGCCAACCAGGCCUGUGAUUAACAGGAAAGGACAAUUUUACUCAUUGUCUGUGUUUAAUUAUUUCUGGGUUGCGUUUCAUGUAUCGGCUUGGACUUUUCUUUUGGGGGAGCUCGGAUGCCCUUACUAGAUAACCUAAUGGAAUUGUGAGUUUCUAUUAAAA